UCUGCCUCUUCCUCUUCGCCUAGUCCUCCAGUAGAGGCUCCUUCUGCCGAAAGCGAAGCUGUAGCGACGGCCUCCCCUAGAAAAGGCUUCACUCAUUAUCUGUCCUACCCACGGCCCAGUGUUCAGGCUUUUGUCGGCAGCUACAUCGCACCACUGGUCCCCAAAUUUAGAAGCGAUUCCAAAAAAAUGGCAGACAUGUCUUCAGAUGUUGCCGUGGAUGAUGCCACUCCAGAGAAGGAAGGAGUAAAGACGGAGAGUGAGGAAGAGAAAGCCGACAAAGCAAAGCAAGAGCUGCUAACUCAAAGGGAAAAGGUGUCAGCAGUGAGCACUAUUGUGAAUAGAGGUCUUCCUCUGAAGGCAUAUGUGUUCAGGAACUAUCGACUCAUGCCAGGAGUGAGAUCUCACUACUAUGGAGACUGCAAACACAAGAUGUGGCAGGCUAUCAGGGCCUCGUCUGCCGCUCCGGGCUACUUUCAGGAAUUUGUUCUGGGAAAAGACCUUCAUCAGGACGGAGGACUCCUAAUCAACAACCCCACAGCUCUGGCCAUUCAUGAAUGUAAAUGUCUGUGGCCAAACACACCUCUGCAGUGCGUGCUGUCUCUGGGCACCGGGCGACACGAGACAGCGGGCAAGAAUAGCACAACCUACACAAGCCUCAAGACCAAACUGGCUCACGUCAUCAGCAGUGCCACAGAUACAGAGGAAGUACACACCAUGCUGGAUGCUCUCCUGCCCCCGGACACCUACUUCCGUUUCAACCCCUACAUGAGCGAGGACAUCCAGUUGAAUGAGAACCGCGUAGAGAAGCUGAACUUCCUCAAGAGCGAGGGCGAGCGCUACCUCGAGCGCAACGAGGCCAAGCUGAGGAAGGCGGCUAGCGUCCUGGGCCAGGAGAAGAGCACCAUGCAGCGACUGGCCGAGUGGGCCAAGCUCAAGGCCGACAUGUACGAAGGUUUCCCCUUUGUCUCCAAGCUCUAGCCUGGUAGCAGUGUGACCCUAGGGGUUUAUUUUUUAAUAUACAAAGACACAGACAAGGAGGCAAAUAGACCCCAAUGGAAUCAAUAUUGUGGAAAAGAUGCAUACUAGGAGACAGUUUGAAGUUAAAUGCCAAAUGUUUACACUGUUUUACCGCAGCUACCUAACACUAAAAGAAAAGACCCUUUAGUCAUAUUGAUGUUUAAUAAUUAACAAGUGUAAUACAAUUUGCUGUUGGUGGGGAAGGACGUGUCUAUAGUGGAAACGGAAUGUUCUACUAGAACUGAGCAGGUUUUGACAUUGCAGCGGAAACCUUUACAUGACUGAGGGGGGAGGAAAAUGUAAGAAAAUGCUGGUUUACUGGUUUUUGGGACGCACAAAGAUGGGCAUGUGAUACCUGUUAUACACAACAGUUUACCUAUGGUUAUUGGGUAAAGGAAGUGAGCUUUGUUUUCUUUUUCAGUAACUUGAAUACAUAAAGAUGUAAUUAAUACACGAUUGCACCGUGAGAACAUGAGCGUGACUGCCUAUCUGUAACACUGUACACAAGUUAACACCUCACGCACUUUUUAAAGGGUAAUUCUUAGCCUCUCUGUUGAGAAUGAUGUAAAUACAUUUUGUGGUAAUUAUGACAUAAGUAAUUAUGAAGUGUUUUGAAGUGUUAGAAUUUAACAAUUUAAAAAAAAAUGUGCACAUACCGCAUUGAAGACUGAUAAUAAAGUAAAAGAAAGUGUUGUAAUCUGGUAAAAAGCAUGUCAAUCCCGCUUUAAGCAGCUAGUUGUGGCCCCAUGGUUAAUAUAAAGCUUUUACCUUGAACCUCAAUCAAGCCUGAUUUCUAUUUCUGCACAAUUUAUAAACUAAAUAGACUUGACAUUGUGAGAAUCCUUCCUGUCCUUCCUUCCUUCAUUACUUAGUGGAAUGCCAAAAAUGAGCAAAAUGUAAUGAUAUAAUAAAAUUAUACUG